AUGGCCGUGCAAAUAUCUGCAGUUUGCUAUGGCUUUUUGAAUUCGUACGCCUAUGGUCCACCCCAAUAUAAGGAAGGACUUUUGCUAGGAAAACAUGAUGAAUCUGGCCUUGUUGAUUAUAUCUUGGCAUCAAUGCCUUUUCCACUUCGUUCAUCAAAAAAUCCUCCGAGUAUCCCAGGUCAAGAAAUCCUUGGCAUUUAUCGAUGUGUUCCAGAGCGCGAACCCUUUGAGUUCAGUCUUAAUGAUUUACUCAGUAUCCCAAGGAAUUGCAAAUAUUUUUGCCUCGCCGAAUAUCAAGACUCCCAGAUAUCUUUGAAACUCUUUCGAGUCAAUCCUUCCCGACAGAUACCUUCGACCUCUCCUAUUGAAUAUUUUAUUUUUCCAAGCCUUCCAGAAUCAGAUGAUGCCAAAGAACCCCAUCCACAAACUGGAUUCCCAAAGGAUUCUUCCAUUUCCGGUCGUUUAGAUUCAAUAGGUCACCAAAACUCUCGGCUACGUCAAGUAAUGACGAAACUGCUCACUGAAUUUUCAAAGUAA